AUGAACCUGAAUUUUACGUCCCCGAUUCACCAGGUUUCUGCCCAGCGGCCAACGUCUUUCUUCAUCGAAGAUAUUUUACUGCACAAACCCAAGCCCGUGAGAGAAGCCCCUCCCGUUUCUUAUGCCAGUUCCUUGGCAUCCCGUGUCCCUCUGCUAGAAUAUGGAUACCCUAUAAUGCCAACUCCGACGAUACUGGCACCGCAUCCUCAUCACCCACUCCACAAGCCGGAGCAUCAUCACCCUUACUUUCUCACGUCGCCUGGGAUGCACGUGCCGGCUCUCUUCCAACAUCCGCCUGAACUCCCAGGGAAACACUGCAGGCGGCGGAAAGCCCGGACCGUCUUCUCGGACUCUCAGCUCUCGGGGCUGGAGAAGCGCUUCGAGAUCCAGCGCUAUCUGUCAACCCCAGAGAGGGUGGAACUGGCGUCGGCACUGAGUCUCUCGGAGACCCAGGUUAAAACAUGGUUCCAGAAUAGAAGAAUGAAGCAUAAAAAGCAGUUAAGAAAGUCUCGGGAUGAUCACGGUCAGAAAAACUCACCCACCGACGACCAGCGCCUCGAUUCCAGCGUCAGUGAGACGGAAAUAAACCCGAAAAAUUCCAUAGAGAUAAAGUCUUUAAGCAGCCAGAACACCUUCCUGUUAGAGGGCCACGAAGAUGAUGUGGAUAUUAUUGAAGACGAUGAUAUUUGCUCUGCUGAACAUAUACCGUAA